AUGAAAUCAUCUACAGUACUUGUACAUCUUUCUAAUACGCUCUUGUUUGUAAAUGCAAUUCAUACUCAAUUGAAGCCAAGAAAAGACGGAACUAUAUCUGACUGUCAUUUCCAUGGCAGCUCGCAGUUCUGCAUAGACUCUAAUGGUGUAGAAGGUUCAAUUAUACCACCACCAACUUCUGAGGACAGUGCCCCACAAUCAUAUUCGGGAUGUCAUGUUCAUGGUUCCGAUACAUUUUGUUUGACCGAAAAUGGAGAUGAAGUCCAAUUUAUGGUUGAAAGCACUGAUACUCAAACCUCUACAUCUUCAACUCCAACCACAGCAGGGAAGAAGAAUUGUCAUUUCCAUGCUGGAGUUGAACACUGUGUAGAAGAUGGCCACAAUGAACAUAAUGAUGUCGAAGGUGCUUGUGAAAGAACAGACCGGGAGUAUAACAUUCAUUUAAGAAUUGGAUUACUAUUUGCAAUUUUGGUCACUAGUGGUAUAGGAGUAUUCUCUCCUCUUUUGUUAAAUAAAGUUCUCAAUAUCGAUUCCAAUCAUAUCAUACUCAUCAUAUUCAGUCAAUUUGGCACAGGCGUUAUUAUCUCGACUGCUUUUGUUCAUCUUAUGACCCAUGCUAAUUUGAUGUGGUCUAAUUCUUGCAUUAAAGGUAACUCUUACGAAUCUACAGGAAGUGCAAUUACAAUGGCCGGUAUAUUCAUUUCUUUUCUAUUUGAUUAUCUUAUCCAUUCAACAAAAAUGUGGAGAGACAAUAAAUCACAAAUUGAUAGUCAUGACGAGGAGUCUAAAAACUUUAAAAAUUCACCUGAAUCAAGUAUUGACAAUCUUCCAAGAGAAAAUGAUUCUCCUGACAACAUUUCCGUUUUCCUUCUUGAAGCUGGUAUUAUUUUCCAUUCUAUUUUAAUUGGAAUUACAUUGGUUGUAGCAGGCGACUCUUUCUUUAUAACCCUUUUCAUUGUAAUCUUAUUCCAUCAAAUGUUUGAAGGAUUGGCUUUGGGUUCAAGAUUAACCAAAUUAGUCAAUAUUUCUUUCCUAUGGAAAUCUACAAUGGCAAUAUUAUUCAGUAUCAUCACACCUAUUGGUAUGGCUAUUGGAAUUGGUGUUUUACAUAAAUUCAAUGGGAAUGACUCUAGUACAUUGAUUGCCUUGGGAACCUUGGAUUCAUUUUCAGCAGGUAUCUUGGUAUAUACUGGUCUUGUUAACAUGCUUGCAGAAGAUUGGAAGUAUGGAAACUUAUCCAACACAAAACCUUGGAGAGUAGGAGUAGCACUUUUGUCAUUGGUUAGUGGAAUGAUUUUGAUGUCCGUUUUAGGUAAAUGGGCAUGA